CCGGAAGUCCACUGCGCCACUGUAAACAACCUGCAGUCUGUGACUGUCCAUUUUUGUAUAGAGCUGCGGAAAGAGUAAAGGAGAAGAAGAUGGGGGCUGUGCUGGGGUUGUGCUCUAUGGCUAGCUGGAUUCCAUGCCUUUGUGGCAGUGCUCCAUGUCUACUCUGCAGAUGCUGUUCAAGCGGGAAUAAUUCAACUGUGACCCGAAUUAUCUAUGCCAUCUUCCUUCUGUUGGGUGUUGCAGUGGCAUGUAUAAUGUUAAUGCCAGGAAUGGAAGAACAAUUAAACAAGAUUCCUGGAUUUUGCAUUGGAGGCUUAGGGACAUCUUUUACUGGCAUUAAAGGUCAAGUGAACUGUGAUGUGCUGGUUGGAUACAAAGCAGUUUACAGAGUUUGUUUUGGGAUGGCUAUGUUUUUUCUGCUUUUUUCCCUGCUAAUGAUUAAGGUUAAGAGCAGUCAGGAUCCAAGAGCAGCUGUUCACAACGGCUUCUGGUUUUUUAAGUUUGCUGCUGCUGUGGCAAUUACCAUUGGAGCAUUCUUCAUCCCAGAAGGUCCUUUUACUACAGUGUGGUUUUAUGUGGGUAUGGCAGGAGCUUUUUGCUUUAUCCUGAUUCAGCUGGUUCUCCUAAUUGAUUUUGCCCACUCUUGGAAUGAAUCAUGGGUUGAAAAGAUGGAAGAAGGAAACUCUCGAUGCUGGUAUGCAGCACUUCUAUCUGCUACAUCUUUGAAUUACAUACUGUCCUUAGUUGCUGUGGUCCUGUUCUAUGUCUAUUACACUCAUUCUGAUGGCUGUACGGAGAAUAAAGUCUUCAUCAGUGUUAAUAUGCUCCUCUGUAUUGGUGCCUCUGUCAUGUCUAUUUUGCCCAAAAUUCAGGAGUCUCAGCCUCGUUCUGGCUUGCUGCAGUCCUCAAUUGUGACUCUAUACACAAUGUAUUUGACGUGGUCAGCAAUGAGCAAUGAACCAGACAGAAAAUGCAAUCCAAGUUUGCUGAAUAUUAUUGGCUAUAAUGCCACAGGAACCACACCCCGUGGUCAGGUUGCGCAGUGGUGGGAUGCUCAAGGUGUAAUUGGCUUGUUUCUCUUCUUGAUGUGUGUUCUCUACUCCAGCUUCAGAAAUUCAACCAACAGCCAAGUAAACAAGUUGACUCUUACAAGUGACGAAUCUACAUUGAUAGAGGAAAGUGCCAGUCAUAAUGACAACUUUGAAGAAGGAGACAAUGUACACCGUGCAGUAGACAAUGAAAAGGAUGGAGUUACUUACAGCUACUCAUUUUUCCAUUUCAUGCUUUUCUUGGCUUCUCUGUACAUUAUGAUGACUCUUACUAACUGGUAUAGCCCUGAUUCUUCAUUUAAAACAAUGACCAGUAUGUGGCCAUCUGUCUGGGUCAAGAUCUCUUCGUCCUGGAUCUGCAUUGCUCUUUAUGUUUGGACAUUGGUUGCACCAUUAGUCCUCACAAACAGGGAUUUUGACUAGCUUAUUUUGCAGCUAUGUACUGAAGAGUUAUGAGUUUUGUGCUUGUGAAUAUAAACAGUAUUUAAAUAUAAUCACAUUUGUAAAAUAAUAAUGGAAUAUGGAUAUUCUUCACAUUAAUCUAAUUGCAUGUAAGAAAGUACUAAGUAGUUUGCAUAUGAGGCGUAUACUUUGGCUGCAAUUAGUAAAAAGACAAAUGAAAUCAGAGUACUGAGUGAAAGAUUCUCAUAAGCUCUGCAUAAUGUUGAAUUGACGAUUACCAUGAGUAUAACAUAUGAGCAAAAAUAUUAAACUUAUUGAAAGGCUAAUGAGGAAUCCGCUAGUGUGAUUGUGAUGUGUCCUUUCCAUUUUUCAAUGCUGUUUGAUUUUUUUUUAUUAUUAUCACUAUUAUUUUAAAAAAUUUAACAUUCAAGGGUAACAUUUGCAUUUCUGAAUAUUAUAAUAAUGUCUUUUCAUUUUAUCAGUUUUAGUGUAAUCACUAGAAAGACGUAAAUUGUGUUAUUCGCAGAAGUCUGGAAUUAUUAGUAAGCUUUAUAUUUAAACUGUAUACAUGUAUACCGUUAACCUCAUUACUUAGUAGCUUCUUUUCAUUUGCUGAUUGUCAUGUGCUAGAAAUAUCCUUUACAUCAUACAAUAUACACUGAUGUAUUGUGGUUUAUUAAAUAAUUUGACACAAUUCUUUUCCUUUUAUUAAUGUCUAUGUAAUGGAUAUAUAGUUGGUAAGAAAGGAAUAUGUUGCAACAUUAGUGUUUCUUACAAUAUAUUGGUUAUUUUUGCACUGGUUGUAUGUUUAUUUUAUAUGGUGACCUAAUAAGAACACCUUUACAUUCACUGAUUUAUGUUUCUGUAAUGAGCAGAUCUUAGUCUGCUUAUAGAUUAGUGGCAUGGUUCAAUGCUAAACAUUUUGCACUUUAAAAAUAUGUUUUGCUUCAUAUUUUUAUGUUUUCUUUGUAAAUG